GUCCCUCCCAAAACCUCAUUGGCGGAUCCGUCCCCGCCCAGGCUCGGAACGGAGCCUCGCCGAGCGCCGGGGGCUGCCAUGGGCGAGGAGGCGGCGCAGCCCCGGCGGCCAGGGGUCGGCGUGGGGGUGGUGGUCACCAGCGCCGCGCACCCCAACUGCGUCCUCCUGGGCAAGCGGAAAGGCACGCUGGGCGCCGGCACCUACCAGCUUCCCGGAGGCCACCUGGAGUUCGGGGAAAGCCUGGCGGAGUGCGCGGCGCGGGAGACGCUGGAGGAAGCGGCGCUGCGGCUGCGCCACGUGCGCUUCGCGUCGGCCGUGAACGCGGUGUGCGCGUCCCAGCGCUACCACUAUGUCACCGUGCUCAUGAAGGGCGAGGCCGAGCCGGRCGCCGAGCCGCGCAACCAGGAGCCCGACAAGAACGAAAGGUGGGAAUGGGUCAAAUGGGAUGAAUUUCCUCCAGCAGAUCAACUCUUCUGGGCUUUGCGCUGUUUAAGAGAGCAAGGUUACAAUCCCUUUACAGAAAACUUCGAUCAUCUAAAGGGGUACACUGGAAGUCACCAAUUAGAGUAGAAACAAAUUGAAUGUUAUGUAACAAACUAGAGGACAGACCUGCUUUCUUUUGUGUAGAAGAAAAAAAAUUUUAAAUGCUCACCCUGCCCAUAUGACAAUACUAUCCCAAUGAAGAAAAUGUCAAAUGUUUUGAGUGUUUUUACCACAUUUCACAUGACAGUUGUCUCUCAUUUCAGAUCCAUUUCUAGGUCUGUCAGUUAACAAUGUUUGCUUUUACAGAAAACUCACAGUAUUUUAUCUAGUUAAUCUUUAUAUUGAUGAACAGCCAUUUGGAAGUCAGAACUAGCCAGAGAAGCUUACUCACUUGGAAGCAGCYGCAGCAAGAAAACUUACUUGUUUAAACCUACUUUCCUGUAAUUAUUGGACCAAUUUUAAAAAUUAGCCUUGUCUCUGAGCUUCAGUUAUGAAGGUACUGUCAUGAACAAAAGUUACAUUUAAUAGACAUUGCCUUUCUCUCCUGCAGACAGCAGAAAAUACUUGCAAAUCAAAAGCGUAUUAUAAAUGUGAAAAAAUUAUGGUAACUUAUUGCGGGAAAUGAAAAUUUCCUGGCCCUUCUUGCCACUUGCUUUCAUAAGAGUUGUGUUUAGAAGCUCAGUUACAUUGAAUUUAUCCGCAAAAAUGUUUCAGAUCUCUGCAGCUGAUCCGAAUUCAUGCUAUAGUACUCUUAGAAUGGAGAGGUGCCUACACUAGUAGGCUGACACAAAUAAACUAAUCUUAUUUAUAGGUGUAGCACCAAAAGUCAUACUUUUUGGCUAAAAAGAGUUGUCAGUAUUAAACAGCAGAGAUGGGUGUAAUUCUGUAUGGCUACUGAGAUCUGGUAAUACUGUGAUUUUUCAGUUCGACUGAUUAAAUGACUGAACAAGUAGUGACUGAAAUUAUAGUCCCCAACAAUACAUACAAAACCAAGGAAUAAAUAUUUUUAAUUUUUCUAGAAUCUGUAACCAAUUUUGAUUCUUUUCCAGCCGUGGUCACUAAGAUAUUAGCAAUUAAUUUUAGUAUAUAACUUUUGAAGAAAUCACUAAUUGGCUUAUUUUUUUUCCUGUCAGGGUUCUUUUAAAGCACAGCUCUUCUUUGUCUCCUUUAGAUAUACUCAUUGUACAAAAAAAAUGUAGUAAGAUACCUUUAAUUUCUUUUGAUUUAAUUACAGGCACAAUACUGAGAGAUUGUAUUUCAAUGCCUGAAAUUAUGAAWUGACUUAUCCGUUCUUAAAAGAAAUCAGCUUGAGAGCUUUAAAGGUCUUCCUUAUUUGGUACAUACAUUUUUUUAAAUGGAGAUGGCUCUUCUUGCUGAGAAGGGUAACGAUGCAUGAGGAUGCUACUGCCCAUGGCAAUCCUGCUGCUUAGAGUUUGAAGUAUUAGCUACAUGCAACUUCUCUUAGGACAGAUACCCRUUUUCUGAAGUGAAGGAAGAAGUAAUGUUACACAGCAAUUUUUAAAUGGGAAAUAUCAGUAGCAAAUUCCUUUGCUACUGCACCUUUAUAAAAAGCUAAUUUUUGUAUUCAAAAGUGGAGAUUUGCUUCCUGAAAGCAGUCUUAUGUACCCUGAARAUUAUUCUAUUCAGCUGUCAGCAAAGAAGUUGUAGGAAUAGUUAACAGAGGUCCUGCCCAUCUGUCACAAAGAAUAAUGAAGAAAGAAAUAAUUUAUUUAGUAGAAUUUUAAAUUUUAGAAGGCAUCUAGCUCCUGAUGAGAGUGCAGGGGCCACUGUAAAAUGGUUUGUCAUGCAAUAAAUACUUUCUUACCAUUA